GUUCUCUUUCAUUAAAAGGCAGAUCGGGAGCGGCGCAGAGAAAUUUCCUUACUAGAUGACAUUUCAUCGCAAUGUCCGAUCGUUUGGGGCAAAUAACCAAGGGAAAGGAUGGGAAAAGCAAGUACUCGACUCUCAGCCUGUUUGAUAAGUAUAAAGGAAAGUCAAUAGAAGCUAUCAGAACUACAGUUAUUCCUAGACAUGGCUUACAGAGUCUUGGGAAAGUUGCUGCUGCUCGGCGCAUGCCACCUCCUGCAAACUUGCCUAGCUUGAAGUCUGAGAACAAAGGAAACGACCCCAACAUCAUUAUAGUACCCAAGGACGGUACAGGAUGGGCAAACAAGCAGGAUCAGCCAGACCAAAAGAGUUCCAGUGUGACGGCUGCACAGCUGCAGGAGUCGCUGCCGCAGCAGGGUUUGCAGAAAUCUGUCUCCAAUUUACAGAAGCUGACACAGUCAAUCAGUCAGGAGAGCACAAAUUCAGUGCCAGGUGGACCAAAGUCAUGGGCACAGCUGAAUGGAAAGCCAGCAGGACAAGAAGGUGGUUCAAGGGCCUCAAGCCGACUGUUAUCCUUCUCUCCCGAGGAAUUUCCGACGCUGAAAGCAGCUGGCGAGCAGGACAAGGUUGGCAAAGAAAAGGGCGCCUUAGAUCCGUCGUAUGGGCCAGGACCAAGCCUCCGCCCUCAGAAUGUCACCAGUUGGAGGGAGGGCGGUGGGAGGAAUAUAACCUCUGCCACAUCUCUGACCGCCUCCCCUGCUGAGCUGGGCAGCAAGACCUCUAGCACUGGAGACGGAGCCCCCUCCUCAGUGAAUGCCAGCGACUUGAAGGAGCCGUCUCUCCGCCCAGCUCAGCCUAUUCGUAAAGGGGCUUCGCAGUUCAUGGGAAACGUGUACCAACCGCCUACGUACCAUGACAUGCUACCUGCUUUUAUGUGUCCACAGCAGCCAUCUGAGACCCCUGCAUCGCUGGACCGUGGGUCUUUCCCUGUUCCUCAGCUCCGGCUUGAGCCCCGGGUCCCUUUCAGACAAUACCAGAUGAAUGACCAGGAUGGAAAAGAGAACAGGCUUGGUCUGUCUCGCCCAGCGCGUCCAGCUCGGCAGCUAGGAGAGAGAGCGCCCCGGCCCACCAUUAUCAACGCAGAGAACCUGAAAGGGUUGGAUGAGCUUGACACUGACGCGGAUGAUGGAUGGGCAGGCAUUCACGAUGAAGUGGAUUACUCAGAGAAGCUGAAGUUUAGUGAAGAUGAAGAAGAAGAAGAAGCUCUUAAAGAUGGACGACAGAAGUGGAACAGCUGGGAUCCCAGAAGGCAGCGACAGUUGUCUCUGAGCUCUGCAGACAGCGCAGAUGUCAAACACACCUUGGAGGAAGGAAAGAACUGGGGCGACUCAGUUGGCCUGUCCAGGCCAGUCCGGAAGGUGCAGGAAUCACAGCAGCCUCCAAGGAAGCUGAAUGGCUGGAGCUCUGCAUCUGAAUACCAGAAGCCCACACUGGGAAGUAUUCUCAGACAGCAGUCCUUUGAAGAUAAAGACGAAAAGGUACCACUAAGACAGAAGUUUGUGCACUCGGAGAUCUCGGAGGCUGUUGAGCGAGCCAGGAGGCGACGAGAGGAAGAAGAGCGGAGAGCCAGGGAGGAGCGUCUGGCAGCCUGCGCUGCGAAGCUGAAGCAACUUGAUCAGAAAUGCAAACUGGCUCAGAAGAGUGGGGAGACCCAGAAACACACAGAGAAUGAAGAUCUGAGGCCCCCAAGCAGAGAGAAGAACGUUGUGCAAGAGAAUGGCCACGUUUUCCGUAGAGCAACCCCGGAGUUUCACACGCAGGAUGUUUCUGUUGGUUACCUAGAAGAAGAGACUCCUGCCCCAGCAGCAGCUGCCCAGAGCAGCAGUGAGGAGGAGCUUAGAGAAGCUCCCUCCCCAGCACAGGAGUUCAACAAAUACCAGAAGUCUCUUCCCCCCAGAUUCCAAAGGCAGCAGCAGCAACAGCAGCAGGAGCAGCUGUACAAGAUGCAGCACUGGCAGCAGCCGCAAGUCUAUCCUCCCCCAUCCCAUUCCCAUCCGCAGCGGACGUUCUACCCGCCACACCCCCAGAUGCUUGGCUUUGAUCCUCGCUGGAUGAUGAUGCCCUCUUAUAUGGACCCUCGCAUGGCCCAGAGUCGCGCCCCUGUGGAUUUCUAUCCUUCAGCCCUUCACCCUUCAGGAAGGGCUGUUAUGGCCAGUGAGGAGGUGGGGAUUUGGGCUGUUGAGAUGAAAACUGUCCGACCUUGCCCAGACUUCUUACCCAGCCUGACUGUGAUUGAUCUUCUGCAGGAAUUACAGAGAGUCGAUCCAUGUGAUGAGGGGUCUGAAGAUCAGAGCUGUCAGGCAGGGCAGGCGGAAAGAAAAGCUGCUCCCAUGGACCCGGUGCCGGCGUGGGGCCAGGAAAGCUACACAUCUCUGCAGAGCAAAGGGUACUCUCUGUCACAUCAAAAACAGGCUGAGAACAUAACCCUGGAGGUGCUGCGUGCCAGGAAUGAGAGUUCUUACUCUGCCUCUCCUGGAAGGCCAGAGGGCCUGAGCACCCAGCGAGAUCUCUUCGAGGAGAGAGGGGAGGAGUACUUGAAUGCUUUCGACAAGAAGGCCCAAGCAGACUUUGACAGCUGCCUGUCCUCUCAGAGGAUAGGCCAAGACCUCUUGUUUCAGCAUCAGGAGAAUGUGCAGGAAACAUGUCCUUCCAGCAACCGCCAUGCAAGCUUAAGGUGUUCACCCUUGGAGCCUGACUUUAUCCAAGCAGAGAAGAAGCCUGAAUAUAAUGGCUGGGACAUCAGCCACCAUCAGAAACCCUCAGAGACUGCAGCAGAGGUCGCUGAAGAAGCGCCCAGGGACGAGCAGUCAUUCAGCGCUGACCCGUGGAAGAAAGAAGGAGCUAACACCAAACAACCUGCUGAAGAGACGACAGAGUGGGCUCCUGAGAACCGGAACGCCAGUGGUCAGCAUCAGGAACAAAUGGGGAGGACGCGGCGAUCGGGCCCGAUUAAAAAACCAGUCCUGAAAGCCCUCAAGGUGGAGGAGAAGGAGAAGGAGAUGGAGAAGGCUAGGCUGGAGGGAGACGAUACCUCACGCCCACCAAAGGAAAAGGUGCCUGUUCAUAAAGUGGAAAAUGAGUCAGAUGAUUCUGCAGCCUUACUGAACUCCACACGUUAUCUGCCAGAUGACAAAGGUUCUUCCCAAGCCAGCCUUGCCCGAGAGGCUGAGAAAUCCCAAGAGGAGGAGGAGGAGGAGGAGGAAGAGAGACAGGAAAGAACCUGGGAGAACAAGCUAUCCAGAGAGUCAAAUGAUCUUCCUCCCACAAAAAGAAACAACUGGAUCUUCAUUGAUGAGGAGCAAGCCUUUGGUGGGAGAGGUCAAGGGCGUGGGCGAGGGAGAGGCUUCAGAGAGUUCACUUUCAGGGGCCGCGGCACUGUUGUGGGCAGUAGGGGAGUCUAUAACAACCAGCGGAGCAGCCGCGGGCGAGGGCUUCGGGAGUUCACCCAGCCGGAGGACUUCCCUAGAGGCAAGCCCAGGCGCCGAAUAGCAAGCGAGACACACAGCGAAGGGUCGGAAUACGAGGAGCUCCCCAAGCGUCGCCGGCAGAGGGGCUCAGAAAACAGCAAUGAAGGCUCUGGGCUGGACAGGGAGGAGAGUGAUCUGAAAAAAGGAGACUUCAAAGAGUCUUGGAGGUCCAACAAAAUCUAUUCAGAUGAUCACACUAGCCUUGACCCUAAGAUGAGGGCCCCAAGAGCUUUUGGGAGAUCACUGCCGCCAAGACUGAGCAACUCUGGCUAUGGGCGAAGGGGUUUCAUGGGUAAGGAGCCCACCCAGUGGCAAGGCAGGAGUGGGGGAGCUGGGUGGCAGGAGUACAGCCACACCUCUCCAUCGGACACCUUUGGGAGCAGGCAGCAGUCUGACAGGGACUACAUCCAGGAUUCUUACAAACACUCAGAUUCCUUCUCGAGCCGAGUUUUUGAGGAGAGUCAUCUGGAUGACAAAAGGCACUUUUUCCAGGAGGAUUACUCAGCAGAUCAGGAGAACAUAGAGAACAGACCGUUCAGGAGGCGACGUCCUCCCCGCCAGGACAAGCCCCCCCGAUUCAGGCGCCUCAGGCAAGAGAGGGAAUCCGUCGGCCAGUGGAACCCCGAGGAAGGAGGCCCCAACCUGCUGCCCAGCCAGUGGUCUGGAAGACCCAAACUGACCACCGCAGAGAAGAGCAGCGUUUCAGGCAGACGGUCUCCUGAGCUGUCCUACCAGAACUCGUCAGACCAUGCCAAUGAGGAGUGGGAGACGGCAUCUGAGAGCAGUGAUUUCAGCGAGCGGCGGGAGAGGCGAGAUGGAGUUUCAGAGAGCGAAGGCCAGCUGGAGGGUGGCCUUGGGAGUGGCAGCUUGGGAGAGAAGAGGGAGCUAGCAAAGAGAAGCUUUUCAAGCCAAAGGCCGCUUGUGGACAGGCAGAGCCGCAAGGCUGAGCCAGCAGGGUUUGUGGAGCAGUCUGUCAGGACUGGUGUGGGAGCAGCUUCCCGAUACGAGAGCCAGCAGAACGGGACGCUGAUGAAAAGCAAAAGAUCUCCAGAAGAAGGAGGGGGCCUUGGCAACACCAGCGGUGGGAGCAGCCACUCCAUUUACAGUCUAGACAGGGCCUCCCAUGCUAACGCGGAGACUGCUGAGGGGCCAGGUAAAAAGCUAGAGAAGGAGCCCAAAUCCACUGCACAGAGAGCAAGUGAAAAGGGAGAAGCCUUGUCACAGUUUGAACUGAAUUAUGGAAGUGCCAUCAUUGAUAAUCGGGUUUCGAGCACAGCAGAGGAGAAUGAAGUGGGCUCUAUGGCAGGUGAAGGCUUCAUUGAGGUUCUUACUAAAAAGCAGCGUCGUUUGCUGGAAGAGGAGCGAAGGAAGAAAGAACAAGCUGCUCAGACGCCGGCUAAGGCCCGUGUCCUUCAGUCUCGCAUUCCUCCUCGAUUUGCUAAGAAGCAGAACAGCAUGUGCUUGGAGCAAAAUGAUGUAACAGUGUCUGGAAGCAGCCUGGGUACAGAGAUCUGGGAGAGCAAUAGCCCAGCCCUCUCCGUUCAGUCCCCUGGCAAUGAUUCUUGGAGCAAGCCUGUAAAUGCCUUUAAUGGUACUGAAUCUAGUUCCUCUGAGCAGGGUUUUAAAGGCAGCCAGGGGGAUAGUGGCAUUGACUUGAGCGCGGAGUCUCGGGAAUCCUCCGCUACCUCCUCUCAGCGCAGUUCUCCAUAUGGCACCCUCAAACCAGAGGAGAUGAAUGGGGCUGGCCUGGUGGACCCAAAGCCCGACUGCCAGAAGGAGCAAGUUCAGAAGCAAUCUGAUAAAAAGGAUUCGGAUCAAGGCUCAGGACAGAGCAAGGAACACAAGCCUGGACCAAUCGGCAACGAACGCUCCCUGAAAAACAGAAAGGGUUCGGAGGGAACGGAACGACUGGAAGGGAAUAUUCCCCCUGUUAAUGGGGUGGAAAUUCACGUGGAUUCUGUGCUUCCUGUGCCACCCAUUGAAUUUGGAGUGAAUCCGAAAGACUCUGACUUCAGUUUGCCACCUGGUUCUGCCUCUGGCACUGCAGCUAACCCUGUUACCAAACUGCAGGAUGCCUUGGCCAGUAAUGCAGGGCUGACGCAGUCCAUUCCCAUUCUGCGAAGAGAUCAUCACCUCCAGCGAUGCAUUGGCCUCAACCCAAUGUCCUUCCCGACCGCCGACCUUACUCUUAAGAUGGAGUCUGCUCGUAAGGCCUGGGAAAACUCUCCUAGUUUACCAGAACAGAACUCUCCAGGAGGUGCAGGCUCAGGCAUCCAGCCUCCUUCCAGUGUCGGAGCUUCCAACGGUGUCAGCUACAGCACUUUUGGCGGUGUUUCUAUGCCUCCUAUGCCUGUGGCAUCCGUAGCACCUUCUGCAUCUAUUCCAGGUAACCAUAUUCCACCCCUGUAUCUGGAUGGCCAUGUGUUUGCAAGUCAGCCCCGCCUGGUCCCUCAGACAAUACCUCAGCAGCAAAGCUACCAACAGGCUGCUGCUGCUGCUCAGCAAAUUCCCAUUUCCCUCCACACAUCCUUACAAGCCCAAGCUCAGCUUGGGCUGAGGGGUGGCCUGCCUGUCUCCCAGUCUCAGGAGAUCUACAGCUCCAUACAGCCCUUCAGGUCUCAGGUGUAUAUGCACCCCAGUCUGUCUCAACCCAGCACCAUGGUCCUGACAGGAGGCACUGCUCUAAAGCCUCCGUAUUCCGCCUUCCCAGGCAUGCAGCCCUUGGAGGUGGUGAAAACCCAGUCUGGGUCCCCCUAUCAGCCAAUGAACGGGAGCCAGACGCUGGUUUAUGAAGGCCAGAUAAACCAGGCAGCUGGUAUGGGAGCCUCCCAGAUGAUGGACUCUCAGCUCACUCAGCUAACAAUGCCUGUGCCUGGCUCCCAGCUUCCCCUGCCCCGCUACAGCUCUGGCCAGCAGCCCCUGAUUCUACCACAGUCCAUCCAGCUUCCUCAGGGGCAGAACCUGCCUGUGGGAGCUCCCCGAAGAAUCCUCCCUCCUGGAUCCCAGCCUUCUGUCCUUGCUACCAGCAGGGAGUCCUCCCAAAUGGAAAUGAAAGGGUUUCAUUUCUCCGAUGGUAAACAGAAUAUGUCCUCUGGAGGGUCUGUACCAUCACCGCAUACAUACAGGCCUAGCUCUGCCAGCCCAAGUGGAAAGCCAUCUGGACCAGCAGUUAGUAUGGGCUCCGUGCAGGGACACUAUGUACAACAGGCAAAGCAGCGGGUGGAUGAAACUAAAGCAAAUCUGGGAGCAGUAAAGCUGCAAGAAACAGCCUCCACGAACCAGAUGAAGCCAGUGCGCACAGGAGCGAUCAAACCUCAGGCAGUAAAAGUGGAGGAAAGCAAGGCCUAGGAGCACCUCUGAUGCCCAGCUGGUUCUGCUGGCUGAGAGGCACUGCAGCUUAGACUGGACCCCACUGGAUCUCCUGCAGAUUUCGUCAGAUCUACUGCCCGCCCCGCAUUGACUGAUUACAGUGACAUCAUCCAAGCCCCUCUCCCAACAAAGCAGUUUGAAACAGUGGAUAUGACAUUGACCUGCUUGCUUUAAAACAAACCAACCGCCAAGCCCCGUGUGACUUUUAAGUGGCUCUAGCCAUUCCCUCCCCUCUCCACCCCAUCCACAGGUAGCUGUGAAGGCUCACUUGGCAAAGCCCAUCCUUCUCCUUCCCUAUUUCUGUCUCAGCGGAGUGGCAACUGGGGGAGAGGGGUUAGUUUGAGGUUUUUCAUUUUAAAGGCAGCUGAGGUUUUUACGAAAAAAAAAAAAAAGCUAUAUCUUUGUUUAUAGCAGAACUUUUAUAUGUUUUCUCAUUUUUUUUUCCCCCUUCUUUCUGCCUCCCUCAUUCCUUCCAGAAAAGAAUUUCCUUCAGCUAAAAUGUUCUGACAGAACCCUGCUUAGUUUUAUAUAUGGUUCUGUGCUACUUUGAGAAUCACGACUCUUCUAAACUGAGUUGGUUUGGGUAUUUUUCCCCAGAUGAUUUAGCCUUUCGGGUUAUUUGAUCAAGAGAAAUACAGGACAGUUAAGGCAUUCGUUUUUGAGUAUUUUUAUUUUAAGCUAGAAGCAGUACUUGCAUUAGAAGUAAAUGUGUACUAAAGGUAUAUUGUAAAUCAGUGCAUUAAUCUUGAAACUUGCACCACUUUAAUUGUAGCUUUGGGGUGCCUUGUGCACAACAAAAUGUGGCAUUUUCGUUUUAAGGAAAAAAACCAAAUUUCUGUUGCAAGCUCAUCUGGAUCUAGUUUUUUGUGGGUUUGGGAUUUUUUAGUGACGGUCAAACAUGCAGCAAAACGUAAAUCAUGGAUUUACAAAAUGUGAACUCUGUUAAGAAGAAUCUCCUCACCUCACAUGGGUCAGAAGAGUUGGCUAGAGCCAAUGGGUCUGUAUGGACUACUUUUUGUAGUUGUGAUGCUCUCUUAUGCUCCCUACCUUGGCCGCUCUAAUUCUUUGUCUCCUGAGGCUAGUUCUGUGUUGUGUUCCUCCCUUGGGGCUCCUGUACUAAGUUUUGCUCUUCUCCUUUUUCCCCAAGGUCUUACUUUCUGCUCCUCUUUCUAACUUGCAGCCUCUUGUAAGGCUUGCAUAGAAACACAUCAGUAAGGGAGCCCCUCUGCAAAGCAGCCGUUUUAGCAUGCAAAGAAGCUCCUUUUUUUUUUUUUGUGUUGGAAGCACAUGUUUACAGAGGCAGUUUGGAAUCAUCCUUUUGUUCUCCUUUCCCAGAUGAACAGCAAAGGGUUCUUUCCUUUUGGUGCAGUUGCAUAUGGUGUGAAUACAGCCUUGUCACCUUACUCUUUCUCAGUGAUAUUUGAUGCUAUAUGAAAGGAAGGUCCCAGUGGGAGGGGGCUGGGUUUUAUUUCUUUGGUUUUUGGGGUGCGUGUGUGUAUGUGUGUGUGUGUGUGUGUAGAUUUUAGGAUGGACUUUUAAAGUUCCUGAAAGUGCUCGGAGUCCUUCAGCUGAAAGUAGUUGUAAGCAAACUCAACUACUUUCAGCUAAACGGUUUGUGUCGUUUAGCUCCUUCAAAACGUAAAGUGGGCUGGUCGCUCUGGAAUGAGGGAAGGAAAACUUCAUUUCUGCAGUAGAUGAUAGCUUGCUAAUAGUCUGUCCCAUCUGCCUCUGCUAGGUGGCAGCAAGUCAUUUGUUGGUGGUUCCAAAGAAGAUAUUUUGAACAAAGAAUGUAUUUGGGAAGGGAUCUGAAAGAUGUUUUUGUUUCUUUGUUUGCUUUUUUCCCCCCUUUCUGGGAAAGAGCCUUCAUAGCUUUUUAGAGAUGCAUUUGAAGUUUUAAGCUAGGUAUAAAUCAGAAUGUUUAUACAAUAGCUUUAAAAAGAGCUUAGAAACCUAAACUAACUUAGACAUAGUAACUUACCCUCUCCACAGGUGUCCCCAUUGUGCAUGGCAGAGAACUCAAAGGGAAAGGGAUAGGAUGGUACUUUAAGAUAAAUAAAAGCUCUUCCCCACCUGCCCCCCCUUGUUUUGUGUAUUUUUAACUUCAGAGCAGGGUGUGCCGGUAUCUCUCUAGUGUCCUCCAAAGUACAGAGCUUAAGACUUGGUGACAAAUAUUUCCCUAGCCUUCAGUCAUCUCCCAGACCAGCCUCCCUAUCUGCUAGGCCUGCUCCGAACAUUUUCCAAAGAUUGCUCCACCAGUAAGUCAUCCCACUCUCUUUUCUUCCUUGGAAUAUCAUGAACAACAGAAUUGUCUUUUUUCCUUUAUGUUAUCCUUCUGCCCAGCUGGCCCUAGCUAGUAUUAGCCCAGAAUCUAACUGUAAUGGCUACAGAGACUUUUCCACGCCCCCUCUUCUCAUCUCUUCCCUACCCCUAGACGCACUACUUGAGCUUUACAGAGACAGUAGCCUCUUUUCUCCCGCCUAUGUGACUUUAAAAUGGUCUUAUGUGUUGGAGGAAUCAGGUUAUUGCUAGAUACAAGAUGUUGCAGUCCCUCUGGUGUAAAUGCCAUCAGAACUACAAUACUUCCUGUUGAAAAAGGUCACCCUUCUUUCUCUUUUAUCCCCUCCAUUUCUUCCCCCAACAGAAUAAAACACUAGAAUUUAUUUAUACGUAUUUGAUGUUGUAGGUCUAGGUGAAAAAGUAAUUGUUUCACUGCUCUAUUUAUAUAUUAUGUCUGAAUUAUUCUGUGCAGGAAAGGCCAAGAAAUGCAUGUGAGCUUCAUUCCAUUCCUCACCUUUGCGUGACUGUCAGCUGCAGUUGGCAAGAUUCUCCUUCACUUAAUGGAGUUUUGUGUGGUGGAAAGCAGUUUUAGAGCCCAAAUUUCUAAGGUGCAAUAUCCUUCUUCUCUGGCAUAUGUUUUUGUUUGUUUGUUCAAAGCCAGCACAAGGUUAGUGCAGUUUGUGGUGCUCUUCAGGCAAAAGGGAAGUCUCUGAUCCUGAAGAUGUAGAAAUGCAAAGGGUGCUGGUAGGUAGAUAAAAUUCUGCCUGGGGAGGAGGAGGAAGGAGAUGUAUAGAACGUGAAUAUGAUUUACAGGGGGUACUUCCGCUUGUUUUCUCCACCGCUGAAGGGUAGCGCCCUAGUGAUUUAUUCCUUUGCUGCUGGCUUUUGCUUUGGCUGGAAAUCAACUUCCAGGUUGCAGGCUCCUUCUGCUAGGAAAGAUUUAGUGUGCAGUGGGAGAGAGAGGUGAAAUCCAUAUUUUCAGCAACAAUGGGUGAAGCAGAAAUAUUCAGAGGCUGACUUUGCUACUCUUUAUUCAGAUUAUUCGGCUGAAGGUCUGAAGCACGUGUGUAACUGGUUCUCUUACAAACAGUGAUUCAUGGUUUCACAGUUGCAUUCAGUGCUGCUUUCCAGUUCAGCCUGCUUUUAGCUUUUAAUUACAAAUACAAAACAAAACCACUUGAGGUUAGGGAAGGAAAAAAAGAAAAAAGCUCCAGUGUAUUUUUAAAUGACAAGUGGAAGCAGCACAGUCACCAGUGAAACAGAUAUUAUUGUUGAUCCUUCAUAAUUCACUCUUGGCUCUGCCAUGUGACAGCUAUACUGUAGUCAGUAACUCUGAAUGUGUUUGCAGCCCAUUGAACUUCAUACGUGUUUGUGUUCAUGCAGAGAGGCACUCUGUUUAACAAUUUCCUUGCAAGAAUGCUGCACAGCUAAAAGCUGCCCUGUGGUUCCCGUGUAUUUAUAGAUAUAUAGUAAAACAGGAGCUUAGCACUUUGGCUAUGUCUCACCUUUUGGCAGGCUAUUAUAUUCACUUUCAAGCGAGCGCCGCUGCAUGCUGAGAUCUGUUUUGUUGCAUUUUGUUAACCUUCUGUUUUGCUUCUGACUGGUUAAACAAAUUAAUUCUUUGUAGCGUGGGUUAUUUUUGACAUACAGCAGCCCAGUUUCCAUGUAAGAAAGAUUUGCUUGUGAGUAAGAAUUAACUUAUAACAGGCAUCAGACUGUUCUUAGAUGUGGCCCAUCAAUGAGAGAUGAGCGUUUUGCAAAAGCAAUGGAACUGCUGACUCUGAAGAGACGGCACUAGUCCAACUACUCCUUUUUGUGUGCUUGGUCUGGCUUUUCGUUUUUGAUGUUUUUUGUUUUUUGUUUUUUUUCCUUCUAAUCCAAAGACCACCAGGUUCUCCUGGUGGCCGUAGACGCCCUCCUGGGUUUGACAGGUUCCUCAAGAUGUCUGCAGCCAUAACCUUGACCAUUAGCCCUGGGAAUCACAGCAGCAGCAAUGAGGCACUCACUCUUUAGCAUGUCUCCAGGCGUUGUCCUUAGCUGGAAUUCUUUCUCUGGUUCUGUAUAAAUUGCAUUUGUUGUUUCUCAAGGGGAUACUGUACUCCUUAAAGCUUUUAACCUCAUGACCUGUAUAGUAAAUUUUUUUUUGGCCUUUCCUCUCUUUGUCUUUUCAUGUAGACCAGAUAUUUGAAAGGGCAGACGAUGGAUAAUUGUGUAACGUGCAACCUGUUUAUAUUUUUUGGAAACUUUUACUUGGACCGGAACUCGAAUCACGGAAUCACCAGGCCAGUUGCGGCACACUCUUUAUUGCCCUUUUUCCUCGUUUCAGUACCUAUUGUUUCUCCUUUCAAAUAUGUGAUUGUAUUAGCUCUUUCCAUAUGAAAGAAUUCUCCUUAUUUAAAUAAAAAAAAUUAAAAAAAAAUAAAGCAGAUUAUGCUUUUCUCAAAAAAAAAAAAAA